UAUAUUUAGAUUAGUACAGGAACAACAGAGCAAAAUAUAGAUAACUUAUAAAAGUUGAAUUAUCAUAUUGAAGUGUAUGCAAACAAAGGCGGAAAUACUUUUGUGAUUUUAUGAAUACGUUGAACUCUGGAUAUCGCUUUUCAGAUAAAUGAUAAUGGGAAACAUUUAUCUAACCUAGUGUUAUAAGGAAGUGUUUAAAUGUUUUAAAAUGGCGGCCAAGGGGAUUGGUACAAACGCGUCAGAUGAAUUGUUUGACUUCAUAUGUUCUCCGUGUAACAAGAAAGACAGAAAUAGUGAGGCAGCUAAGUACUGUGUGGACUGUCAGGAGUAUCUGUGUGGAGCUUGUGUUGUACAUCAUAGUAGUUUUGCUGUCCUAGCCGGACAUACAUUGGUGGGCAGGUCAAAGUUUGGAAAUACAAGCGGGGCGGAUAUCAAGCAUUUACCGUCGGUGCCGACUGAAAGAUGCACAAUUCACAAAACUAAACUUAUGGAUAUGUACUGUGCCGACCAUGAUUCAAUUGGAUGUCAUGUCUGCUUUACGAUUAAUCACAGACCAUGCCAAAAUAUCCACUACAUUCCGGAAUUCGUCCAGUCGGUAAGGCAAGAUGAAAAUGUCAAGCGGAUUACAGAAGAAAUAAAGACGGUAAUGUCCGCAGCAGAAUACUUUAUGAAACAAAACCGGAAGGCUAAAACGAAAAAUAACAAAAGUAAGAAGGUCUGUCUGAAAGAAAUUAAAUCCUUUAGAGCAGAUAUCAAUGAAGUAACCGAUCAAUUAGAGAAAGCAUCAGUAGCUGAAAUUGAGGAGAACCAUAAUGAACUGGACAAAAUGUUUCAACUUAUAUUAGACAAUAUACAUGAUGCACUUGAUAAACUUACAAAAUAUGAAGCUGAAAUGAGAUCUUCACAGAACAAUCCGUCUCAACUAUUUGUUGCUACAAAACUUUGUAAAGAAAUAAUUCUUGACACGGAAAAGUAUAUGAAAGUUGAGGACCAAAGGACUUGUCUAGCAUUUACAAGAAAUCAAAAUAUUCUCAAAGUUCUUCAAAACUGUGAUUCACUUGGGGAACAAAACUGUACAAGUCAGGAAGACCUUUAUGAAAUAUUAAGCCAUAAAAAUUACAACGUGAAACUGGAAGAAGACAUUUGUUCAUGUUGUAUUAUUUCAUCGUGCAUGCUUGACUCCGGGGAUAUACUUUUGGCUGACAACAGCAACAGAAAUAUCAAACGUGUUGAAUGUAAAACAUUUUCAGUACAAGACUCUUUAAAACUUCCCCACUAUCCAUUGUCAGUGUGCAAGGUCAGUAAAUGGAAAAUUGCGGUGACCUUGAGCAAUAAUAUUGUGCAGAUUGUUGACACCACAGAGAGUCUGUUACCUUCAAGCUCGUUUAAAACAGACCAUCGUUGUAUAGGUAUUGCUGUUGUGAAUGGUCAACUUAUGGUAUGUGAAAACGGAAAAAAGGCGCAUAUCUAUACAAUGAACGGAAAACGUUUGAAGGCUAUAGACAAAAUCAGUGAUGCCAACUUUAUAUCAGAAAUUCCCAUGUGUGACGGCAAAAUGUUGCAGCAUGUAGCUGAUCGGCAAAACGGCGAUAUCUUGUGGGUGUAUUCGGGACAAGAACUUGACAAUUCUUGUGGUGUAUGUUCUGAUGGAUACGGUAACGUGUUUGUAUGUUGUGAAGAAUCAAACUGUGUUGUGCAAGCGGGGUUAGAUGGAAAGCACGUAGGAGAUGUAAUGCCUAUGUCUCUUGGAAUAAAGAAUCCACAGGCAGUGUGUUUUGAUAAGCAGAAUUCAAAGUUGAUUGUUGCUGCUCAAAACAGAAUCCAUAUUUUCUUGAUCAGUAGACAUGUUGUCUAUUACAAGAACUGAAAAACAUUUAGUCAGUCAUCACUUAAAUCUGUUUCAUCUUUGAAUGCAAAUGACCGUAACAUUUUUAUUUUCAAAACAUUGGAAAAAUCCUGUCUACAGUAUUAGUCUCGCUGCUUCAUUUGCUAUUUCUAUAAUUAACAUCAUUUUUAGCACACAUAAAAUGUAAUAAACGACUGUUUUGUUAAUAAACCAAUAUCAAAAAAAAAUUAAUCAACAAAGUCAUCAUGGUUUCAGAAAUGGGCACAGCAGCAUAAAGCAUGUAAGAGAUAUAUGAUUAUUUCUAACCAGUUAAAAUAAUGUUGUUUAUCAUCACACUUGUUAGAAAUUGUACAAAUGUAUGUGUUAUGAAAUGCAAUUCGGUAAAGAUAAUGUACAGAGUAAGUGAUUUUGCAUAUUAAAUGUAUAUGCCUCAUAUAUGCUACAGGGAGUUAUGAAAUAUCCUAAUUUUGCUUUCAAUAUUUGUUCAUACUAAAAGUUGAUUAAUUCGGCAUUUGUGGAUUUGUGGAGCUUAUUUAUAUAGUUUUCAUAUGUAGAUUUACCAUGUAAUUUAAGGAUAAACAGAUAAUAAAGAGUACUUAAUAUAAGUAUUGUCUUCGAAGCAUAAUCAUAUUUACUGAGUCACGGCCUGUAUAAACACUGACUCCCUCUCUUUAUGGAGAUGAGUUAAAAAAAAAGGCAAUGACACUUUCGAGUCGGCGCUAAUGACCUGAACUGUACGAGAAUUAAAACAAAGAAAGAGGAUGAGUUGGGUUAUCUUUUUUAUUUUCUACAAUAAAUUGAAGGCCUCAUUUUAAAAACGAGCAAUCUAGUUCCACUCAGAAAUGGUUAUAUUUCUUUCUUAUGUAUGGUAGAGUAAUUUCAAUAUUAAAAUUUGUUAUCAUAACAAUUGCAACAUAGUUUACAUUACUCUAAAGUACAGUUUAAGGAAAACUUAUAGCUUGAUGACAGCUUAAUAGAGUUGAACACCCUGAAAUGAAAUAUGCAUUGGUUCCGUUUUAGCCGGACAAGCCUUUAUCUGAUUUCUGAUCUCUCUGUCGUGGGGGCUUUGUCUCACUCUGUCCCUCUGGUCAGAUCGCUCUGUGUCUGUACUAGUAGAGGAUGAAUUAUGCGCCCUGUGUGGCUGCAUUUGAACUAUGUAAAGCGCCUUUGAACGUGAAAUUGAUCAUGAAAAGGGCGCUAUAUAAAUCUGGUAUAAUAAUAAUAAUAAUAGUUUCUAGUUCUAAACGCCACCUCUGCAACGCUGGCUCCUCCUGUUGGUCAUAAAUGCACAUAGAUGGCUAAAAUCUGUCGACAAACUACGUAGGUUAUACAGUUAUAAGACAUUCUUUUGAAAAAAGAUCAGUACAAUGACUUUUAAAUUUUUAACUUGCGUAAGCUAGGGUGAAGCGUAUGGAUACAUAUCCACUUUUGUUUCGAGCCGGUCUUAUUUCACAUCUUUCAAAAGUGCAUGCUUUCGCUCCGGAAAUCGACCUGCAUAUAUAAAAAGUAUAAACAUUUCUGAGUGGAACAACAUUGUUCUUUUUAGCUCACCAGAGCACGAAGUGCUCAAAGGUGAGCUUUUGUGAUCGCCCUGUGUCCGUCGUCCGUCGUCGUCGUCGUCGUCGUCGUCAACAAUUUGACUGUUAACACAAUUUUGAGCCAAUCUAAAUUAAAGUUGGUCAGAAUGUUACCCUAAAUAAAAUCUUGAACGUGUUUGAUAUUGGGUCAUAUGGGGUCAAAAACUAGGUCACCAGGUCAAAUCAAAGGAAAAGCUUGUUAACACUUUAGAUGUCAAAUUUUUGGCCCAAUCUUAAUGAAACUUAGUCAGAAUGUAACCCUCAAUAAAAUCUUAGACGAGUUCGACAUUAGGUCAUCUAGGAUCAAAAACAAGGUCACCAGGUCAAAUCAAAGGAAAAGCUUGUUAACACUCUAGAAGUCACAAUUUGGGCUCAAUCUUAUUGAAACAUGGUCAGAAUGUUAUUCUCAAUAAAGUCUUGAAAGAAUUUGAUAUGGGGUCAUCUUGGGUCAAAAACUAGGUCACCAGGUCAAAUUAAAGGAAAAGCUUGUUAACACUGUAAAGCUCACAUUUAUAAUUGUAUCUUCAUGAAACUUGGUCAGAAUGUUUAUCUUGAUGAUCUCAAGGUCCAGUUUGAAUCUGGGUCUUGUCAAAUUAAAAACAAGGUCAUCAGGUCAAAUCAAAAGAAAAGCUAGUUUACACUUCAGAGGCCACAUUUAUGACCAUAUCUUAAUGAAACUUGGUCAGAAUGUUAAUCUUGAGGCUCUAUAGGUCAGGUUUAAAUCUAGGUCAGGUGGGUUGAAAACCUAGGUCACUAGGACAAAUCAAAGGAAAAGCUUGUUAACACUGUAGAGGCCACAUUUAUGUAUGUAUCUUCAAGAAACUUGGUCAGAAUGGUAAUCUUGAUGAUCUCAAGGUCUAAUUUGAAUCUGGGUCAUGUCGGGUCGAAAAGUAGGCCACCAGGUCAAAUCAAAGGAAAAUCUAGUUUACACUUUAGAGGCCACAUUAAUGACCAUAUCUUAAUGGAACUUGGUCAGAAUGUUAAUCUUGAUGAUCUUUAGGUCAAUAUGUCAGGUGAGCGAUACAGGGCCUUCAUGGCCCUCUUGUUUCAAUAAGGUCUUCAAAUUCUUACAGAAAAUAAAACAAUCAAGUUACCCGCUUUCUUUGUUUACAUUUCUCGUAAAGUUACGGUCCUUAAUUAGCGCCGCCUCGAAAGUAUCAUUGUUUGUUUUUCAAACUCACCUCCACAAAGAGAGGGAGCCAGUGUUUACAGUCCGUGUUGAUAUACAAUUAAAUAUUUUAUCCAAUGGUAUUCGUUUUAAAAGACCUACUUGUUUGAUGACUCAACAGUUUAUGACAAGAUCUUAAGCGGCAAUAUUGAUUCAACCCACGGGUUUUAUAAACGUAUUUUGAAUGUGUAUACGCGUUUAUUCAGUGUUUGUAUUAUCUGUAUAAAAUUGUAACUUACGGUUAAUAGGAAUUAUAAGGAAUAGAGGAACCGAUACGCUAGUUAGUAACCAGUUGGUUUUCACGUACUGUAUUAUUCAAGAGUUAUUCCAUAUAUUCCAUGAUGAUUUUCUAUUCUAACACGACCGGCAAAAAAUCUACAUACAUGUAGAGCAAAAUCUAUCUCGGGUUAUUCUGCAAUAAACCACUUGCGUGCAAUGACGUCAUCCAAUCCAGGUGUGUAGGAUGGUGGUAAAAAGUAGUUACCAUUUUUUCUAACAUUGUUGAUACUAGUAUGUCGUGUUAGAAUCGAAAUAAUUUAUCAGUUCCCAAGUGUGAUUUAUCGUAGAAUAACCCGGCUUUUUCGUUCUUAUGCAAAACCAUAUAUCACUCAGGCCUACGGCCUUCAUGAUAUAUUCUUACGCAUAAGAACUCAAAACUGGGGUUAUUCUACGAUAAACCACGUUUGGGAACUUAUUAUUUCUUAAGUAAUUUCCUUCUUUUCCAUUAGAUGUGUAACGUAUGUCAAUAUUUCUUUUUUAUUAAGAUAUUACUUAUUCUGUUAACUAAUCGUUUAAUUAUUACAUUAUAUAUAUUCACAUGAUUAUAAAAUAAAAGUAAAAA